CACUUUUUGAUUCUACAAUUCUGACGGGAAAUGCAAAUGGGGUUGAUUGGCACUUGGCAGGAAGAGGUUUACCAGAAGAUCAAGUCUAUGAAGGAAAUGUAUUAUUCAAAGCUCUAUCAUCUAUACCAGAAAAUUGCUUAUGAACUGCAACAGAACUCUCUUCAUCAGCGUCGUACAAAUGAGCAAAUUGAAAAGCUCAAGAUGUGCAAGAUAACGUUGGAACGCAUUAUGCUUUACUUGCAGCUUAACAAGCAUUAUAUUCAACUUGCUCACAAGGAGAAACUGCUUUCAGUUGAGAAGCACAUAAAUUUCUUUCUUAGUCCCUAUAAGCCACCAAAGCCUACUUCUUCUCCAGUGCAGGAGCAACUUCCUCAGUCUUACAUGCAGCUUCAGCUACCACAAUCACUUGAUGGUCAAACUAAUGCAUCGAUGCAACCCGUACAGGCAAACCUCGGUACCCUACAGCAAAAUUCAAACGCCCUGCAACAGUCAUUUCCUAAGAAGCGCAAGCAGCAAACUGUUGCAGAACCAGCAAUUAAGAGAGCAGUCCCACCGUCGGUAGAUGCAGCAGCAACUUUUUUAAAGACAGAAGUUAAUGCGACAGCAGCAAGCAAAGCAACAGUAGACCAUGCUAUUGCCAACCCACCAGAUGUCACAGCUUCAACAGUCUUCGAUCCAGCUUCAGCAACCACAAUCCCUUGACGGUCGAAAUUAAUCCACAGAUGCAACAAAACAAUAUUAUUGACUUGCAACAUGAUUGUUUGGAUAAUUCAAUUGUUUAUGUUUUGUGCACUUGUUAACUCGUGCACUUGUUAACUCAUGCACCCUUCCCUAGAUUAGGUGAAGUAUUGCAAUUAUUAUGAUAAAUUACUUAAAUUUCAUGUGGGAACUCAGGAUAAAAU